CCUUUCUCCUACCUGUUACCUCUCCCCUGCUGUCUGCCAUACCUUUCUUAAUUUCUUUUUUUCUUUUAAUUAAUCUAAACUCUGGAUCAAGGAUGGCACCUCUUCUCACGCAACCGUCUUCUUUGCUCUGAGCAUUCAGGUGGGUCCCAGUCCAAAACAGGCAAAGCAAGGACUAAAGCAAGACUAACCUACUGGAGAUGUAUUAUGUUUGGUGUCGUCUUUAAGGAACUUGGACACAAGGGGAGAUAAUUUGAAAAAAAUAUUUUUUUUUAUUUUUAUGGUUGCGCUCUUUGGAUUACCUAUGGUAUUUUUUCACAAUAAAAGACCAAAGAGAACUCCUCCUGCUGUGUUCUUCUGUACAAUUAAUCCACCCGGGGCCUGGAUGGUGCUGUUCAACGACUGGCAACGCUGACAUGGGUCCUGUAGAAAAACUGCUCCAGGCAGUGAUGGCUUGGGGUUGUGUUGUCGCCUGUCCAGCUUUGGACUAGAGGCCUGCUGAGUGCCAAGGGAGAAGGUCCCAUACACAAAGACACACUCGCUGUCACACUAAUCACUAUAAACUCUCCACUCCUCUUCUGUGUCUGAAGCGUCGGAAUAGCUGUGUGAGAAAAUGGCAAGUCACAGAGACCCCCGCUUUCUGCACAACCUGUCCUACCACCCACGAUGGCGGCAAGACCCAGUAAAGGUCAGGAGGAAAAAACAUGGACUGAAAGUGGCUGCAAACAGCUGCAGUAGAGUGUUUGAAUCAUUAGCAGCAUCAUUAUCAUUGUCAUCAAGAUCAUCGUCAUCGAAACCACAGAUGCCAUCAUCCCCUGUGCAACGCUACAGGAGAUGGUGGGGGAACUGGCUCCUUCUGCCCUUACUCAUUGUCUCAUUGAUGCCCUGUCAAGCCUGGGCGACCACUUUCAAGGUGGCCCUGGUUGGACCCUGGACAUGUGACCUCUUAUACUCUAAAGCACUACCGGACUUGGCGGCCCGCCUCGCCACGGCGCGUAUAAACAAGGACCCCUAUCUAAACAAAGGCUAUUGGUAUGACUACGCACUGAUCAAUGAGGACUGCGACUCGUCCCGUGCUCUUGCUCGCUUUGCUGAGCUGGAUGGUUAUGGUGCUGCUUUCUUGGGCCCCGCCAACCCAGCAUACUGCUCCUCAGCAGCUUUGUACACAAAAGAGUGGGAUGUUGGGAUUCUUUCCUGGGGUUGCCUCAAACCUGAGAUGAAAAAAGGAGGGAUGUACCCCACCUUCCUGAGGCCAUUGCCGCUAUCCUCCCGUGUGCUUUUCACUGUGUUGCGGUUCUUCCGCUGGGCACACGUUGCCAUCAUUUCAGAAGAGACGGACAUUUGGGAAGCCACGGGACAGGAGCUGGCGUCGUCACUGAGGGCCCUCGGCCUGCCUGUCAACCCUGUUGUAACUAUGGAGGCCGACAAGGACGGGCCUCGCAGAGCCCUGACAGAAAUAAGGGAAGCAGACCGGGUCAGAGUGGUCAUCAUGUGCAUGCCUUCUGUACUCAUUGGUGGCCAAGCCCAGUACCGACUUCUGACUACAGCACUGGCUAUGCGUAUGAUCGACCGUGGCUACGUGUUCAUCCCCUACGACACGCUCCUGUACUCAUUACCUUACAAAGAUGCCAACUACUAUGCUCUUGGCAAUGACACAAACCUGCGAAAAGCAUAUGAUGGAGUCGUCACCAUAACUAUGGAUUCUGGUGAGCGCAAUUUCCAUGAGGCCUUCAAAGAUGCUCAGAACAGCUUUGAAAUCCGCAGCAACACACCACCAGAGGAGGUUUCUCCAUUCUUCGGCACCAUCUACAACAUGAUGUAUUACAUUGCGAUGGCCGCUGAGCAGGCACGGACCAAGGGGGGUCGCUGGGUCACUGGUCAGAUACUGGGCGACAGUGAAGGCGGCUUUCAAUUUGAAGGCUUUAAUCAGCACUUGAUGGCCGGCAGGGGAGGAGAAGGCAUGCAGGCUCGCUACGUAGUACUGGACUACAGUGGCAUGGGCACCUCUCUCUACUCCACUCACACUCUGGACGCUGCUCACACGGAUGGGAAGACCGGGGGCCUGAAGUACCUUGGUCGUUCCAUCCAUUUCGCAGGCAGUACGCCUUACAAAGACUCGAGCUGCUGGUUCAGCCCCUAUUUUGCCUGUACCGGAGGCCUGGAUUCAGUCACUUUGUUCUUUCUUCUGCUCUUGUUCAUUGCAUUGUCUGGUUGUGGAGUCAACUUCUUCAAACGUUACAGGAAAACUGGCAUGGUUGGGUUCAGCUUUGGAGGCAGCGGCACUGGAGGCCCAAGGAAGAUAGUUCUUACCCUGGAUGACCUGGUGUUCAUCAACACUCAAAUUAGCAAAAGGAAGCUCAACGAUGAAAGCAUCCUGAGGAGCACGCUGGAUAUGAAGACGCCUCAGCACUCCGUGUCAGGCCGCAGCUACAUGGCCACAUCGCCAGACAGCUCGAAUGUUGCCGUGUUUCAGGGUGACUGGGUUUGGUUGAAGAAAUGUCCCGGUAGAUCAGUAUCAGAUGUCAACAGCAGCACCGAGUUGGUCUUUGUCAAGCUCAAACACAUGAGACAUGAGAACCUCAAUCUGUUCCUGGGGCUGUUCUUCGACUCUGCAAUCUUUGGCAUUGUGACUGAGCACUGCUCCAGGGGCAGCCUGGAGGAUCUGCUCAACAACGAGGAAGUGCGUCUUGAUUGGAUGUUCAAGUCUUCCCUGAUGAUGGAUCUGAUCCGGGGAAUGAAGUACCUGCACAAUCAUGACAUCGUCCAUGGACGGCUCAAAUCCCGUAACUGUGUGGUCGACGGGCGCUUUGUGUUGAAGGUGACAGAUUAUGGGUUCAAUGAAAUUUUGAUGGCCCAAAGUAUUGACACCGAUGAGGAAAAGCCAGAGAAUCUGCUUUGGACGGCUCCUGAGCUGCUGAGAAGUCCUGGUCUGAGGAGGAAGGGGACUUUCUCUGGAGACGUCUACAGCUUUGCCGUCAUUAUGCAGGAGAUCAUCUCUCGUUCUGCACCUUUCUGCAUGUUGGACAUGCCUCCUAAGGAGAUUAUCAACAAGGUCAAAGAGCCUCCUCCUUUGUGUCGGCCUACUGUGUCAGUGGACGAGGCCCCUCUGGACGUGAUACAGGUUAUGAAACAGGCCUGGAGCGAAGAGCCAGAGAAGAGGCCGAACUUUGAGGAGAUCUUCAAACAGUUCAAGCGCAUCACAAUGGGAAAGAAGACCAACAUCAUUGACUCCAUGCUGCGGAUGUUGGAGCAGUACUCGUCCAACCUGGAGGAUCUGAUCAGAGAGAGGACGGAGGAGCUGGAGGUGGAGAGACAGAAGACUGACAACCUGGUGGCUCAGAUGUUGCCCAGGACCGUGGCCCAGGCGCUGAAGACAGGCAAACCCGUCAAACCGGAGCAUUUCAGCGACGUCACUCUGUACUUCAGUGACAUCGUGGGCUUCACCACCAUCUCAGCUCUCAGUGAGCCCAUCGAGGUGGUUGACCUACUCAAUGACCUCUACACACUCUUCGAUGCUAUCAUUGGGCUGCAUGAUGUCUACAAGGUGGAAACUAUUGGAGAUGCCUACAUGUGCGCCUCAGGAGUCCCCACCAGGAACGGGAACCGCCACGCAGCCGAGAUGGCCAACAUGUCCCUGGACAUCCUCCACUGCAUCGGGACCUUCAAGAUGAGGCACAUGCCUGAGCUCAGAGUCAGGAUCCGUAUUGGCCUGCACUCCGGCCCAGUCGUAGCAGGAGUAGUGGGUCUUACCAUGCCUCGGUACUGUCUGUUUGGAGACACUGUCAACACAGCAUCUCGAAUGGAGUCCACAGGGUUGCCUUACAGAAUCCAUGUCAACCAAAGCACAGUCGAUAUCCUGAACAGCUUGAAGCUGGGAUACAAAAUUCAAGUCCGAGGCAUGACGGAGUUAAAGGGAAAAGGUAUAGAGACCACAUAUUGGUUGGUGGGGAGGGAAGAUUUCGACAAGCCUCUGCCUAUUCCUCCAGACCUUCAAGGGGGACGCAAUCAUGGUAUCGGCUUAGAUGAGAUACCUGUCGACAGAAGACAAAAGUUCCUGGAUCGACAGAAGAAGAUGGGCUAGAGCGGCGUUUUUCACUGAAGCCCCAGGACGGAGAAGUGGUACCUUCUAGAACAACACUGUUUUACACUGAAAAAGAGAGAUGUCUGAAUGCAAAGUGAACAGUGCUGAAAUCAUAAUCCACAAUGUACUAUAAUUUCUUCUCCACUCAAAAUGAAACCCUGAACCACGUGACAUGGAAAUUCACACUUUUUUGGAUUUUUCGGAGUCAUAUCUACUAUUUAUAUCAUCUUUUUCCUGGCGAUUAUCAUUCUCUCCAGUCAUAGCAGUAGCACAUGAGUGCCAUGAUCAACCCUGGCUCCAAGAAACAGAAAUGAGCCAAAUAGAGGUGACAGUCCAUAUUUGUUCAACACUUUUUUUUUUACACCAGCAGAAUAUGAAAACCAUGGUUGACUUAAAGGGUCCGAAAUGUGUUGGCUUAGAGGACACAGAACGCCGAACUAGAUGAUGGGUGUGUCUACAUAUAGGAUCACAGUAUACACAUGUAAUACUGCUGUACUCCAUGUACUGUACAGAUUCGUACUGAUCUCUGUGCUUUGUAGAGAUGUUGUAGAGAUUUCAUCAUGAACACCGUAUGGGUGGAAGCUAGUACUGCUGGACUAUUCACCUCGGGUAUAACAGAGUCUAUGCUGCUAUACUCACGUUAGAGGCAUUAGCCUUUUACAUCAGCAAAAAAACUGUUGCAUGAAUUAAAAAAUUGUCAUUGUGACAAAAGGCUGGGAACGCUGGAUGGGUUGGUCACGGUCGAGAGCUCAGGUCAAGGGUUCUUGUAUAGUGCAUCGGUUUGAUUAUUCACCGCGUUGACAAAUUGAGCUUUAUCAUCCAAAAAAUGAUCAAAAUAUGUCAAACACAGCAUCUGGUUUGUUUAUUUAGCAUCAGAUUUAGUUAUCAUCAUAUCAUUUUUUUAAGUUAACACACUUUUUAAAAUGUAUUCUGGGUCUCUCUAUUCAACCCACUACUGCAAUAGGCCUAUUUGCUUUGACUGAUAGGUCUGUUUCAUAACAUAUCCAUUUAAUUAUGUGUAUCUAAAUGCAAAAUGUGCUCUAGAAAAUUAGCUUAAAUGAUUUGUUUCAAUGGGCGACAACACAGACACAGAUUGAAAAGCACCUUGGGGCCGAAACACGUGCAAAUCUGGAAAUAAUUAAUACAUUCUAAGAGAAAUACCAUGGGACCCACUUCACAUCUGACUUAUGAUUUGCACCAACAGUAUGUUUCUCGCCCUAAUGAUUAUAUGAUGCUACACCCAGUAUAGGGGGCUUUUUUUUUGAAUGAUGUGUGUUCCUUUCAACGUCAUGCCGACAUUUUUCUACCAAAACAUAGAAGUCCAACGCAGCAUGCAAACAAGACACAAACUACUGUUCACUAAAAUGAUGCACGGUCAUGCAGCUUCAUCCCACAGAACGUGUAGCAGGUUGCUGAAACACGCUGCAUGUUUUGUACAGCAUGUUGUAUGUUCUCAAUAUGACAGCAAUACAGACAGAAAAACAAUAUAUCUGCUCUGUGCUGAUCUGCCCAUCAUUUCCAUUGAUGCGCUUCGGCAGACUGAGCCUUUUCACUUGUCGUCGUCCUUUUAAGGAAAACGUCUUUGUCUGGGUUUCAAGGCAUUGUCCUCUCAUCACUGCCGCUGUUUGGGAUCCUACAACAAAUGUUCACUAAUUCCACCUCCCAUGCCCACCCCCCUGUGGAUCCUAGUUGAAUUUUGCAGAAUAUAUGAGGGGGGAUAUAAAAAGAGAGGGGGGCAGAGACUUCUGAGUAAUUUCUCUUUGGCCUGGCGAUGUGUACUGUAUAUACUGUAAAUCUGUACAUAGUUUGCAUCCUACCGGGUUAGGAACAUGUUAGUGUUGUUGUUUUCUUUUUCCUGCUCGGGUUGCCUAAAGAUCUAACACAAAUGGAGAUAUCAACAAAACCAAGCACACUAAACCAACUCAUAUUGAAAUAAAAUCAUGCAACCACGUUGUCCACGCGCUCCCUGUUGGCCUGCUGGCUGUCCGCUGCAGCACUGAUAUUGGAGCAAUAAUAGGCGGGCAGUGUCAGUGUGUGAUUUAACUUGGACAACACUUUCGGUCUGCAGACAUUUUGUCCUUGGGAGCUCAGUGCUGACCACUUCAAGUAUCCACUGACUUGUCACAGUGGCUCACCAAAUAUACCAGCAACAAAAAAAGAGAAAGAGAGAGGGGGGGGGGGGGUUGCAUCUGAUGACUUGAUCAUCAGCUUGCUUCUUUGUGGUGUAGUCUUUCACACCAUUAAGUGUUUAGCGACCAGCACUGGCUCUUCGUGCUCAAUUAAACCCCACAGGAAGAGGGAACACAGGGUUCUGCAUCAAGAUGAAGAAGAUGGGGGAAGCUGGAGCGUCUCUUUGAUCGGUAUCUAAAGAACAAUAUGAGUUAUUCUAGUGCACAUAGGUAGGAUCCACUUUUUUUCUAGAUUUUUAAACAUUUUGCCAAAUAGAUAGAUAUAAUCAAAUCCGAAUGGACUGUAUUGUUCAUUUUCAAAGUGAUUCCAAUGUGUUUCUGUAAAUAAAUUAUGAUUUUAGUGAA